AUGAGGGAAUUCAACCCCUUCGCGUUGUUGGCCCUGUGGGUUGCCAUUCUAAGCGUCACCAGGACGUACAACAUAAGAAACUUGGGCGGAGAUAACAACGUCAAGCAUUUGAGAUUCUCGGAAGACGCAGCGGCUGAGAGGAGCACCACCCUCAAGCACAGAGGAAGCAGCCUAAGCCACGGCAAAGGAGAGCAUUUAUUUGCAGACGAUGAUAGUCCCCUUGGGAAAGCCAUUUUUAUGCAGACGUCAACCACGUUAUCAAAUUUAAUUCAUGAUAGAGAGAGGAUACACUCCCCCCCAAGUAAUGCAUCUAUUACGUAUGUAAUUACGGGGUCUGUCAAAGGGAUAGAAGGUGGGAACCCAAUAUCGAUAGCACUAGGAGCUCAGUACUCAAAUAACUUCGACUCUUUGGAAGUGAUAGUUCUGACGUCUGAGAAUCCUCAAUUCAAAUUUAUUGUUCAUGCAGGAAAGUACUACUUACGUACCUUUGGAUCUACCUACUUAACGCCUAGUGCUAUUAAGGUGAAUGUGCCUUGUUCCAAGUGCAAAUUUGUGAACUCAGAAUAUAGUGACGCUGUUGAGGUAACUCCUUAUCCGAACGUUUCCAACUCGUUUAUAUUCGAGUGGGAACUUCAGUCAAAUGCUCCCAUCCCUUUGGAACACAUAAACGUGGUUCAUAGCGAUGAAGCUGGAUGGACACAUGGACACGAUCUAUCCAACGAAUUGAAGCUAGACUCAUCAGCAUCUGCAGCUUCCUUGAAGACAUUUUUCGGAAUCGAGUUGAUAGGGUAUUGGGGUUCUGAGUAUGCAGACAGGUUGCUAAACGUGUUGUCUGGUUUCCCCGAGUGUGUUCAGUUAGUGACCUACGAUAAGGAGGAGAGAGCUCGCCAGAGGAAGCACCAACGAUGGAUAUUGGUGCAAGAGGAUUUGGGAGCAUUUGACAUGGACGUAGAGAAUUUUGAAGAAGAUGAGAAGACCUACUCCAAGACGGUACGUGUGUCUAGCAGCGCGUUUGAAUAUUCGAAGAAGCAGGUGAAGUCAUCAGGCAGCAAUGGGUACUACUACUCGAGGAGGUUGGAAAAGGUGAUAAUCCGAUCCAUCCUGGCGGAUGAUUAUAGUCUGUUUGUUAACUACUUUCAGGAGAAGCACGGCGUUCAUCUACUUGACCCUGAGAGAGACCCUCUCCAAGUGCAAGAAGUUACGGGGUAUUCAAAGAAUGAUUACCAGCCAUGGAGUCAGAACGUGGAGGAGAUGGUCGAAUUGGCUACCUCAUGGGAUGAAUAUCCAAAGGGAUUCCAAAAAGUGAAUGGGUUGAAAUAUUUAGCGAGAAGGAAAAAUGGACUAAAACACCCAGUAUACCCAACAGCCCCCGCAGUUGCCUUCCCUGCAGGUCCUUCCAGAAAUUCCUUCAUCGAAUUUAUGGAAUCGGCCUUUAUAAAUUAUAAAGACAUUUCUCAUUUGACCCUUCACGAAAUAGGGCACUUUAUCUACGUCAACACGGUGUCAGCUGAGUUGAGGAAAGAAUGGGUAAUCCAAGGUGAGUGGUACGAAGAGCCACAGUCCCCUAGUAAGUGGGCCACUAGGAACGAAACUGCAUUCGUUUCUGCUUACGCGCAUGAUAAGACACCAGGGGAAGAUUUCGCAGAGUCUAUAGCUGCCUUUGUUCUGAACCCAAGAUUGUUAAACUCGAGGGGUCCUCAAAAGUACAGCUGGAUUAAGAAGAACCUCUUCAGUGGUAGCUUCUACGUCACAUCUGGUAAGCACCAAUUUGAAGUGAUCAAUUUGGGGAAUCAAACCUUUUAUUACCCAGGGAAGGUGAAGAAGGUACACUUAGAGGUUAAAGGAAGUCCCUCCGAGAAUAAGAAGGUGCAAAUACAUGUGGACUUGCUAUCCUCUAAGGAGAAUAAAGGGUGCGCUAAGUUCGCGCAUGCAAGAUUUUUCUCGGAGCAGCAAACAUUCAGAGAUGUUUUCUUCCGCACGGCGGACCGAUCGGAGUGUGGCUUUUCUCUGUUCGCUGAGUUUGAAGUUAACUCUACGGAGAGUAAGGGCAAAUGGGUGGUCGAUUCUAUGACCUUCACGGGGCAAAACGACAUAAAGCGACAUAUAGGGCUGGGAUCGAUGGUCCUCUACAUGUAUGUGAACAAUCAGAAUGAAGAUGUUGAGCAGCCUAUGCCCUUGGUGGACUCUGUUCAGAUUUAUCCCUACAAUGGAUAUGGAUCCGAAGAUUCUCUUCUCCGAGUGAGUAUGCUCGUUUUGGAAGACACCACGCUGAAGAUCCACGGAGGAACAUUUGCAAAUUUUGCCUCCAUGGAUAGUGAAAGCUACUCCUAUGGCAGCCACACCUAUGCGUCGUACGAUCCUGAAUUUAACAUUGACGCAAUUAACAAGGACUACUUCGUGAGUGACAUAGCGACCAGUGGGUUCAGACAAGUCAAUAUAGAAGCGUGUAAGGCACACACCACCAUAAAUGUUUCUAACUUGAAAUGCUUUCAAGUGAUGAAUCCAGUGCAUAUCCCCCAGUACUGUGUAGGCAGUAGGUACUACUUCCGCCAAUUCGCAGUAGAAGAUGAUGCAGGAAAUCAGAACGUUGUGAAUGUGACUUCGAACAAGUACUAUGCUGAUUUGAGGAGUUCCCCUCGUAGGGAUAGAACUCAGCCCACUAUCACUGGUGUUAGUGUUACGAGCAAACCAGCUAAUGAUCAGCACGACGGAGAGACGGAAGUUACCGUCAAAUUUGGCGUGUAUGACGACCUCUCCGGCGUGUAUUACGUUUACGUGCAUCUGAGGGAUCCUCACGGGGGAACCCACUCGAGCCACGUGAACAGAACCUUACUGCCUCAAGGAAAGGACUACAAGGAGGUGACGCACACGAUUCUACUUCCCAAAGGCUCCAUGGCGGGCACGUGGAUUCUGGAAGAGAUCAAGGCGGUCGACCUGUGCAAGAACGAGUCCAGGAAUGUCUACUCGUACAGCGUCUUCGUGGACAAUUCGUAG